AUGACUGACAAAUCACCAGAUGUACCAGAUGUAUCAGAUGCACCAGAUGUACCAGAUGCACCAGAUGUACCAAAUCUACUAGAUGCACCAGAUGUACCAGAUGUACCAGAUGCACCAGGUGCACCAGAUGUACCACAUGCACCAGAUGUACCAGAUGCACCAGAUGUACCAGAUGGACCAGAUGCACCAGAUGUGCCAGAUGUACCAGAUGUACCAGAUGUACCAGAUGUACCAGAUGUACCAGAUGCACCAGAUGUACAAGAUGUACCAGAUGCACCAGAUGUACAAGAUGUACCAGAUGUACAAGAUGAACCAUGUGUACCAGAUGCACCAGAUGUACCAGAUGCACCAGAUUUAACAGAUGUACCAGAUACACCAGAUGUACCAGAUGCACCAGAUGUACCAGAUGUACAAGAUGUACCAGAUGUACCAGAUGCACCAGGUGUACCAGAUGUACAAGAUGUACCAAAUGUACAAGAUGCACCAGGUGUACCAGAUGUACCAGAUGUACCAGAUGUACCAGAUGUACCAGAUGUACCAGAUACACCAGAUGUACCAGAUGAACCAGAUACACCAGAUGUACCAGAUGUAACAGAUACACCAGAUACACCAGAUGUACCAGAUGUACCAGAUACACCAGAUGUACCAGAUGCACCAGAUGUACCAGAUGCACCAGAUGUACCAGAUACACUAGAUGUACCAGAUGCACCAGAUGUACCAGAUGUACCAGAUGCACCAGAUGUACCAGAUGCACCAGAUGCACCAGAUGUACCAGAUGCUCCAGAUGUACCAGAUGCACCAGAUGUACCAGAUGCACCAGAUGUACCAGAUGUACCAGAUACACCAGAUGUAACAGAUACACCAGAUGUACUAGAUGUAACAGAUACACCAGAUGUACUAGAUGUACAAGAUGUACCAGAUGUACAAGAUUCAUCAGAUGUACCAGUACCAGAUGCCUCAGAUGCACCAGAUGUACCAGAUGUUCCAGAUGCACCAGGUGCAGCAGAUGUACCAGAUGUACAAGAUGCACAAGAUGUAUCAGAUUUACCAGAUGCACCAGAUACAGCAGAUGUACCAGAUAUACUAGAUGUUCCAGAUGCACCAGAUGCACCAUAUGUACCAGAUGUACCAGAUGCACCAGAUGCACCAGAUGUACCAAAUGUACCAGAUGUACCAGAUGUACAAGAUGUACCAGAUGUACCAGAUGUACCAGAUGCACCAGGUGUACCAGAUGUACAAGAUGUACCAGAUGUACAAGAUGCACCAGGUGUACCAGAUGUACCAGAUGUACCAGAUGCACCAGAUGUACCAGAUGUACCAGAUGUACCAGAUACACCAGAUGAACCAGAUACACCAGAUGUACCAGAUGUAACAGAUACACCAGAUACACUAGAUGUACCAGAUGUACCAGAUACACCAGAUGUACCAGAUGCACCAGAUGUACCAGAUGUACCAGAUGUACCAGAUGCACCAGAUGUACCAGAUACACUAGAUGUACCAGAUGCACCAGAUGUACCAGAUGUACCAGAUGCACCAGAUGUACCAGAUGCACCAGAUGUACCAGAUGCUCCAGAUGUACCAGAUGUACCAGAUGCACCAGAUGUACCAGAUGCACCAGAUGUACCAGAUGUACCAGAUACACCAGCUGUACUAGAUGUACUAGAUGUAACAGAUACACCAGAUGUACUAGAUGUACAAGAUGUACCAGAUGUACAAGAUUCAUCAGAUGUACCAGUACCAGAUGCCUCAGAUUUACCAGAUGUACCAGAUGUUCCAGAUGCACCAGGUGCACCAGAUGUACCAGAUGUACAAGAUGUUCCAGAUGCACCAGAUGUACCAGAUGCACCAGAUGUACCAGAUGCUCCAGAUGUACCAGAUGUACCAGAUGCACCAGAUGUACCAGAUGCACCAGAUGUACCAGAUUUACCAGAUGCACCAGAUACACCAGAUGUACCAGAUGUACUAGAUGUUCCAGAUGCACCAGAUACACCAGAUGUACCAGAUGUACCAGAUGCACCAGAUGUACCAGAUGUACCAAAUGUACCAGAUGUACUAGAUGUACUAGAUGUUCCAGAUGCACCAGAUGCACCAGAUGUACCAGAUUUACCAGAUGCACCAGAUACACCAGAUGUACCAGAUGUACCAGAUGCACCAGAUGUACCAGAUGCACCAGAUGUACCAGAUGUACUAGAUGUUCCAGAUGCACCAGAUACACCAGAUUUACAAGAUGUACCAGAUACACCAGAUGUACCAGAUGUACCAGAUGCACCAGAUGUACCAGAUGUACCAGAUGUACAAGAUGUACAAGAUGUAUCAGAUUUACAAGAUGUACCAGAUACACCAGAUGUACCAGAUGUACCAGAUGCACCAGAUGUACCAGAUGUACCAGAUGUACAAGAUGCACAAGAUGUAUCAGAUUUACAAGAUGUACCAGAUACACCAGAUGCACCAGAUGUACCAGAUGUACUAGAUUCACCAGAUGUACCGGUACCAAAUGCACCAGAUGUACCAGAUGUUCCAGAUGCACCAGAUGUACCUAGGGAAACGUUUUUCACCCAGAGCUCGUGA